UUGACAUUACUUUUUAAGCCUUAGAGCCGCAAACAUUUCUAAACGAAAAAUUGAAAUUUGUGUUUUAAAAUAAUUUGCUCUGUAACAAAAAAUAAUUUUACCGGUGUGAGCUCGAGGACGUUGCGGCAUGGCAAACCAAGGGAAUUGGGCUGAUGCUAAUCUAGUCCAAAGUCUCAACGAACAAAAUCGUUAUAUUAAUGAUAUGGAGAAUGACAUUCAGGAAAUGCAGCAAUACUAUGAAAAUGAGGUGGAGCAGUCCAAGUACAAUGAAGAAGUCCUUAAGUGCCGCUGCAAUGAGCUCCAACAACAAGUGCUGACCCUCCAGCCGGCGCUGAAGCGUGCCGACCAGAUGCAAAUGGAGAUCGAUGUUUUACGCAAUGAGCUGCGAAAACGUGACUUGGCUUUGAAUGCCUACGAUUGCCAGUACCAGCAGCUAAUGACCGUCGUCUGUGAAAUCAACCAAAAGUGCGGAAAUAACCGUGGUGACUGUCCCUCGUUUAAUAUUCCAGACUUUCCAGAUGUUGGGGAUGAUCUGAUCUUGUACACGAGUGCCACCAUAAAACUCAUCGUAAAAGACAUGGCCAAACAAGCCGAUUGCUUCGAGCAUAUCAGCGAGAAUAAAUAUUUUGGUGGUCAGAAUAUCAACAAUAUAGAACACUGCAUACGUCAGAUGGAUCGACUACGGACUUUGCUAAGGCAAAAGGAUGGCCAGUUAGGCAAUUUGAUAGAGGAGAAUACGUGCAUGUGGGAAGCUGCUGUCGAAAGCAAAAGGCGACUCAACGAACUGAAUAAGAGAGUGCGUGAACUUCAUAGUGGCACAAAAUAUAUGGAGGAGGGUAUGUGCGCCGGUAUUGGAUUAAUACAGGAUAUUGACGAUGGCGCCAAGGUCCACGGAAAAGGAGCUGAGCAAUAUUGUAAAUCUACGGAUGUAGAAAUGUUUCACAUUUGAAUAGUUAGCUUUCCAGCUACGCCUUUCUGUUUGAACCGAACGCCUUGCUGCGUACAGCGGAGUAACACCUUGCGCGACGGGAACGAACCUUUCUGGGUGCGAUGCCUAUGGAUCUUGGCUUACUCAACGAUAGAUCCCAAUGAUCCUAUCUCACAUUCGUCGUGCUGAUACAUGCCUACACUCAAAUAAUGCGGAUUAAUCUUCAUUGCGGCUGGCAGGGCCAACUAAUAUUAAUAUUAAAUCACUAGCGAUA